AUGUACCAGAAACGAUGGACCGUGAAGGCACUGGGAAUGGAUUUCCGGUACGAUGGCAAUGGGAGCGGCUGGUACACGCCGGCCAAGAUGAUCUGCAUUUUCUUCUUCGCGAUACUGCUGCACGUGUUCUCGCAAGAAGUUGCGCACAGUGCUCGCCUAUUCGAGUCAGAUACCAUACAGGACUGGCAGACGUCGGAAAAGGAAUCGUACUUCGACACAACAAUUCCAUCGAACGUGACGAGUCUGGCUGGAAAACACGUUGUACUCGUCUGCAGGGUGAAGAACAUCGGGAACAGAACCGUGUCGUGGGUAAGGCACAGAGAUAUUCACUUACUGACCGUUGGACGUUUCACUUACACAAGCGAUCAACGUUUCAUGGCAUUGCAUAUGCCGCUAACUGAGGAAUGGAUGUUGAAGAUACAAUAUCCCCAAAAGAAAGAUUCCGGUAUAUACGAGUGCCAAAUAUCCACUACUCCACCCAUCGGCUAUCCCAUUAGCCUUACUGUGAUUGAGCCAGUCACGGAGAUCGCCGGUGGGCCGGAUCUCUUCAUCAACAAGGACAGCACGAUAAAUCUGACGUGCUUGGUCAGAAAUGCUCCCGAGCCACCGACCGCGAUCGUUUGGAGCCAUAAUCACGAGGCGAUUAACUUCGAUUCGCCGAGGGGCGGCAUCAGCCUGGUCACGGAAAGGGGGCCGGUGACAUCCAGCCGUUUGCUCAUUCAGAAAGCGAUCAAGAAAGACUCCGGACUUUACACGUGCUCGCCGAGCAACACUUAUCCGAACAGCGUGCGGGUUCACAUUGUUAACGAGCAUCCUGCGGCGAUGCAUCACAGCAUCAGUGACAGAAUAUGCGCUACGCUACGCAUUGUCAGUCUGAUUCUCCUUCUCUCGAUAGCGAUUUAGCCAACCGGAUCCUCAUAUUUCUAGGUGCGACCGUUAAUUCCGAUGUGUGCGCGAUGAACUGAAAUCGGCCGACCGAAAUACUUGUAAAUACUCUUACCUCGUAACGUCCACUUUUUUAUAAGAACCAUGAUCACUGUUUUUACA